CCUGUCGACAGUCGAAUUGACUGCGAGAGAGAGAGAGGUGGUUGUUUGUACGCGCUACGUGCGUUACGCAGUUACGCUACGCGGGCUACGCUACGGCGCAGCUGGUCUGGUGUCGCCUGUCUCUCGCUUACCGCUUUACCGCUUCGAGGUUCGCCGUUCGAGGAAGGAGGAUCGGUGAACCAAGCCCUGUUUCCUCCCGCCCCCUCACGUCGAUCGCCCGUGUCAUUGUUCGCCGCGCGUUCCGCGCUUCCUCACGCUGGUGCGUCGUACACGGCGAAGGCUGCUUUCGCAGGUAUACGAAUAGAACGAAAACAUGCCGGAAGAACAGAAAAGCACUGAUGCUCCAACGGAAGCAACGGCGGAGAAUGGGACUGGGACGAACUCGCCCACAAAAAGCCCAGUUAGCAGGGGAAAGAUGGCUCUUGCCAAAAUUACCCUCCUUGACGGUACUGUAAAGGAUUUCUACAUCGAUAGGAAGGCGAGGGGCCAAGAACUUCUCGACAUGAUUUGUCAAAGCAUGAAUCUGUUGGAGAAAGAUUAUUUUGGUCUUAUCUACGAAGACAGACACGAUCCGCGUAAUUGGUUGGAUCUUCACAAGAGGAUCACGAAAUUUGUUAAAAGUGAGCCAUGGAAAUUUAAUUUCGAAGUUAAAUUCUACCCACCGGAUCCAGCUCAAUUGCACGAAGAUAUUACGCGUUAUCAAUUAUGCCUACAGAUCAGAAACGAUAUCAUUACAGGGCGUUUGCUUUGUUCCUAUGUGACACACGCUCUUCUGGGCUCUUAUCUGGUCCAAUCAGAAGUCGGAGAUUACGAUUCUGAGAUACAUGGAAGGACGUACUUGAAAGAUUUUAAAUUUGCUCCUGACCAAACGCCCGAAUUAAUUGAAAAAGUGAUGGAUCUGCAUAAAACACACAAAGGUCAAACACCCGCCGAAGCAGAAUUACAUUAUCUCGAAAAUGCAAAGAAAUUAGCUAUGUAUGGCGUAGAUCUUCAUCCCGCGAAAGACUCAGAAGGUGUUGAUAUAAUGUUAGGUGUAUGCGCUUCGGGUCUUCUUGUUUAUAGGGAUCGUUUAAGGAUUAAUAGGUUUGCUUGGCCAAAGAUAUUAAAAAUAUCUUACAAAAGGCAUAAUUUCUACAUUAAAAUCAGACCGGGCGACUUCGAACAGUUUGAAUCUACAAUCGGUUUUAAAUUGGCUAAUCACAGAGCAGCGAAAAAGUUAUGGAAAGUGUGUGUGGAGCAUCAUACUUUCUUCAGACUUAUGAGUCCGGAGCCUGUAAAGAAAGUGGGAUUAAUUCCACAUUUAGGGUCUCGUUUCCGAUAUUCUGGAAGAACUCACUAUGAAACGAAAAAGACUCCUAUUGAUAGACAACCUCCACAAUUUGAGAGAUCUUUGAGUGGUCGACGACUCACGUCUAGAAGCAUGGAUGCGUUAGGUGGGCCUAAACCAGUUGAAACGUAUGGCUCCGAACCAAGCAAACGACAUACUAUGAGCUAUGAGCCUGAAAUGCUUCCUGAUGAUAUAGAACAUAUAGACAGACGGCCUAGUCCAAUCAAGAAACAAAAAGAGAAGCUCACACGAAAAACAAGUGCCGGAACAACAUCAGCUAGCAGUACCAGUAGCCUGGAAGGAGAAUAUGAUGCAGAUCGUGGGAGAAAGAAACCGGUCGGAGGAAUCGCUGUCCUACCGCCCGGUGGUCUAUCAAAGAAGAAGAAGGAUAAACAGAAUGAAAACGAAAAGGAAAAUCACAAUGAUCUGAAUAAUACUGAUCUGAUUAAUGACAAUGCUCAUCUUGACAAUAUUGAUGAUAAAUCAUCUAAAAAAGAGUCAAAAAAGAAGGAUAAAGAAACCCCUGAAAAAGUGGAUAAAGAAAAGAAGGAAAAAAUCAAGAGUCCUGUUGGCGGUUUCCUGUUUACCAAAAAGGACAAGGAUAAGAAACAGAAAAAGAACAAAGAACUUGAUGAAUCCAUGGACAAAAGUGAUGCCGAAUCAAAUCUUUCUACAUCGGAAAAACAAGGAAAGGAAGUUGAUAAGAGAAUAGAUAAAAUCCAAGAUCCUGCAAAAUCUCAGCUUCCUGGUUAUACGAAACCUUAUGAUUACGAAGAAACAGAAGUUUCACCUACAAAAAAGCCAUUUACUCCACUUGGUUUUACGUACGAAGAUCGACCCGCGUCGCCAGGUGUACAGGAUCAACCAUCGCCUACUUCAGCUAGUCGGAAAGCUACAGGAUUAGCAUUUAACUAUGCGCCGGGAGAAGAAAAGAAAGUAGCAGAAUCUGUGGAAAAAAGAAAAACGAAAGAAGUGGACAAACAAGCACCAGGUUUAAAGACACCAGGGCUCAAUUAUGUGGAAUCUGCUGGUCUUAAAGAACAACAAAAGAAUGCUGUGAAAGGAGAUAUUGAGGACCUAACAACGACUUUCAUCACUGGUGAACGUCAACAUGAAGAUACUAUCGGUCAGCCUGUAAUAAUCCCACCGGCACCAGUGGAAUCCAAACCAGAUUAUCAUAUUCUGCCUCUUCCCGAUGGCUCGAGAAUCAUUGGAGGUGUUAUUUAUACCAAAGAAGGUAAACCACUAGAUCAAAGUCAUCUCGGACCAGAUGGUAGCAAAAUAAUAGAUGGCAAAGUUUGCGGAAAAGACGGUAAACCGCUGAAAAAGGCAGAUUUCGGACCGCAUGGAGUUCAUAUCAGCGGUGGUGUAAUUACCGGAAAAGAUAACAAACCUUUCCAUCAAGAAAUAUUAGGUACAGAUAGAAAUUCGAUAAAGAAUGGAAUUAUUUACUCUCCAAACGGUGAAGUGGUGAAACAGUCUUUCCUCGGGCCGGGUUAUGCGGUGGUUAAAGAGGGUAAAGUAUUACUAAAGAACGGCAAACCGAUUCAACAUUGUCAAUUAGGUGCAGAUGGAACAUACGUGAAAGAGGGUCUCAUAUUUACGCCGGGAUCUAAACCUAUGACUCAGGGAAUGUAUGACACAGAUGGAAAAUACAUAGUUGCUGGUAUAGUAUGUAACGAAGAAGGCAAGCCUUUGAAUCAGAUCGCGGUUAUACCUGACGAUACGUUCGUUUAUGAUGGCUUAAUACAUGGACGAGAUGGAAAACUGCUUAAUACAGGCAAGUUAGGUCCCGAAGACCAUUACAUCGCAGAGGGCAAGAUUCACUCGAAAGACGGUAAACUGAUCAAACACGACUCUUUCAGUUCCGAUGGCUCUGUCGUGAAAGACGGCGUAAUUUAUUCGAAAGAUGGAAAAUUUUUGACUCAAGGAUCCUUGCUACCGACCGGUGCUCACUUAAAGGAUGGCAAAGUUGUCGGUAAGGAUGGCAAACCUAUUAAACACGCAUUUUACAAAUCUAACGGUAGUUUUGUGAAAGACGGUGCGAUACAUGGAAACGACGGCAGACUCGUGAGUCAAAUUCCAUUAAUAGCUAACGGUCAUUUCAUCAAAGAUGGUUUAGUGCACAACAGAAUCAAUAAGCCAUUGUUUCAAGGUCUCUUUAAGCCCGACGAUCUUGUAAUCAAAGAAGGUACAUUACGCAACGCGGACGGUACAGUAUUGUCAAAUGCUACUCUUGGUCCUGAUGGAUUUGUAGUGAAAGAUGGCACGAUUCUAGCAAAAGAUGGUAAACCGGUAAAGCACGAAUCAUUCGGUUCGAAUGGAAGCUACAUAAAGAAAGGUAUCAUUUACGCGAAAAAUGGAAAACCCCUUAAUCAAGAUUCGCUGGUACCUGAAGGUGCAGCUAUUAAAGACGGCAAGAUAUAUAACAAAGAGGGUAAAUUACUAAAGUUCUCAUUCUUUAAACCGGACGGUAGUUAUAUCAAAGAUGGUCUUAUUUACGGUAGUGACAGUAAACUGUUGAACUUGAAUGCAAGUUUACCGGAGGAUAGCUUUAUUGUCAAUGGUGUAAUAUUCGACCAUUCGGGAAAGCCCUUGAGUAGAGAUUCAUUUGGAUCCGAUGGUUCGUACGUCGCAGGUGGAUUGGUCUACGGUAAAGAUGGCAGAAUCGUGUUGCAAGGUGUAUUUGGUCCCGAUGGUAAUACGAUUCGGAAUGGUAUUAUCAUAGGAAGAGACGGCAAGCCAUUGACUCAAGACGAUAAAGGUCCAGAUAAUAUGGCGGUCAACAACGGAAAAAUCGUGGAUAAUCACGGAAAUUCGAAAAAUCUAUCCUCAUUAGUACCCGAUGGAUGUUACAUACAAGAUGGAGUGGUUUAUGACAAGAAUGGACAGUUAUUGAAACAAGGUGCUUUUAAGCCAGAUGGAUGUUACAUUCGAGAUGGUCUUAUAUACGGCUGGGGAGGCCAAUUAUUGAAUGCGGGAUCUGAAUUACCUGGUGGUAGCUAUAUUGAAGAGGGUAAGUUAUAUGGAAAGGAUGGAAAACCCUUAAAUCACACCGCAUUCGGUACCGAAGGCAACUUUAUCGAAAACGGGAUUAUUUAUGGAAAGGAUAAAAAACUGCUCAAUCACGGCACGUUCAGCAAUGAUGGCAGUUACAUACAAAACGGUUUAUUGUAUGGACCAAACGGAAAACCAUUGAACAAAAGACAGACCAUAAUCACUGUUACCUCCGUUCGCUACGGUUUAGUUUGCGGUGAUGAUGGAAAACCCUUAAGGUAUGGCAAUUUUGACAAUGAGGGCAGCGUGGUUAAAAACGGUAGGAUUUAUGACGAUGCGGGAAGGUAUCUCAAUCAAAAUAUUUAUGGCCAAGAUGGUAACUUUAUUAAAGAUGGUUUGAUUUAUGGACGCAAUGGAAAGCCUCUCUCUCACGAAACCACCUUACCACCGGAAAGCAGUUUCAUAAAAAAUGGCAAGGUUUACGACGCGAAUGGUCAGCCCCUAACGCAGGAAGCAUUUGGACCGGAAGGUUUGAAAGUUAUACAGGGUGUUGUAGUAGAUAAAACUGGAAAACCGGUGAAACAGGCGAACUUUGAUGCUGAGGGAAAUGUUGUCAAGAAUGGAAUAAUUUGUGCGCCUACUGGAAAACCGCUUGAUAAACACUUUACGACUAUCACAAUCACGAUGGUACGUAGAGGACUGGUAUGUGACAAGGAUGGAAAACCAAUCGCACAAGCACCAUUCGGAACAGAUGGUGGUUUCAUUAAAGACGGCAAGAUAUACGACAAAUUCGGAAAACCGUACAAUCAAGAACUUUUCGACGAGGACGAAUCGUAUGUGAAAGAUGGUGUAAUAUAUGGAAACAAUGAUCAACCGAUAGACAGCACGACUAUUCUAAAGGACUUACAAGAGUUACCAAAAUCUACUCCAACGAAAUUAAAGAAACUCGCGAUUCCAGCUGUGAUACCGACAAUCGUGAAAACAACAACGAAGCAAUCGGUAGUCAAGGAUCAGGAAGGUGUGACACAAAAUAUUCAAGAAAAGAUUGAGGAUCUUACACCCGGUGGUACAGGCCAAGUUACGGUCUCUACUCACGUCAAUAAGGCAGAGGCACCAGAUGAUGGUAGAACUCCAUACAUGACAGCGACAGCUGUCACUACACGUACCGCCACAAUGCAUGAAGAUCUUGAAAAGAAUCAGAAGACUAGUCAGGUAGAGGAAAAAACUGUAGCGCAUACAACCGCGACUAGUGCGACGAGACAGGAGCAACGUGUAGUAACACAAGAAGUUCGAACCACGAGUCAUGUGCUUUCCGGCGAACAGCUGUUCUCACGAAGGCUAAGUACAUCGAGCUCAAGCAGUGGAGAUUCGGGUACACCAAUUGAUCUUGACGAUGACCAACAAGCUUUCUACAAUCAAUAUUAUCAGGGAGAUCCAGCUGUGAUCGCAACUGAGAAGCAUGUUUACACUGGAGAACCGGAUAGUAAUGUAACAACGACAACUACGGUACCUGUAGUGGCAACCGAAACAAGAAAAGUAGCUCUUGAAAGUGAAGAUGGUAACUACAGUGCCACGGGAGAGAUAGUUAGUACACAAACUAUAUCUAGUAAAACCCGUACUGUUGAGACUAUCACGUAUAAAACGGAGAAAGAUGGUGUAGUUGAGACGCGAGUAGAACAAAAGAUAACGAUACAAUCGGAUGGUGAUCCGAUUGAUCAUGAUCGAGCUUUGGCAGAAGCGAUACAGGAGGCCACUGCUAUGAAUCCAGAUAUGACAGUGGAAAAGAUAGAAAUACAGCAACAAACGGCGCAGUAAUUAGUGGAGGAUUGUCCUUCAUACAUACAUAAAAGGGCACUCUUGGUCUAUAAAUAACACAAACAAUUCGUAAUCUUAGAGACUAGAAAAACAAAUUGGUAUUUACAAUACAUACUAUAUAUAUUGGAUGCAUUGUUUAAUGCAUCAUAAAAAGAACCAGACUGAAAUAUGCUAUAAAAAAUGUCGAUAAGUCUUUAAAUAUUUUAUGAAGUUAAUAUAAAUAUAAAGCAAGGAACAAUAAAGCUUUAUACCUUUUCUUGUAAGAGAGUCAAAGAAAAUUUCUGUACGGCUUGCCCGAUAAUUCGAGCUUAAACUCGAUUGAAAAUUGAGUUUGAUAGUUGAAAGGAAUGAAAUAUUGAUGAAAUCUUUUUGAAGAGAGAAUGGUACCUCGUACUAUAAACUACAGUGUUCAUAUUAAAAUAAUU